CUGAAAACCUGAAAAGGUAGAUUGGGGCAGCUGUGCGUGAUUAUGUUUCGAGUUGAGAAUCGACAGGCUCUGUGACACGUCUCAUUGGCUACAUGAUCCAACUGGUGGGUUGAACGUUACAUCGCUUAGAAGGGGCGCUCUGUUUUUCGGCGAUUUCCACUCCAAUCAACCGAUGGCGACCUGCACGAACCGACCACCCAUGCAAGCAAGCAAUUGAAGCAAGAGAAAGAAGAAAAUAAGAAGGCAACACGGUACCCGACCUCAUCCAUCUCUCUCUCUUCUCUCGUGGGGACCUUUGCAUGGUGGCGUCGACAUCCGGUUGAGACUCCAAAUCAAUCCAAUACUUACAUACAUACUACUACUACUGUAUACAUAUACGGUUCGAGAAGCGGCGAAGGGCUCUCCACCGUACUAGUAGUGUUUCUCUGCCGGUGAUUGAUUGAUUAUUUGAUACAAUCUGAUUGAUUCGCUCACACGCACUGCUGCAUGGGGAAUUCGCCAUCCGCUUCAGAAGUAGCCUAUAAUCAACGGAACACCAGUUCAUACACCAGUACUAGCAGUGCCGAAGGCAGCAGUCAACAAUUGUCUUCUUCUCGACGACGACAACGUCAGCAACAACAACAACAACAAAAAGGUGAAUCCACAAAACCGCCGCCGCAGCAACCACCGCCACAACCGAGGUCAUCUCCGAGAAUGAGAUCGUUUCCUGGCUCUGUACUGCUCGAAUCAACCCUCUGUGGAACUAUUGAUAGUACUGACGAUCAUUCGCGAGCAGCUGGGAGAGAUCAGGAACGACUGUGGAAACGAGUCGAUCAGUUGGGCUUGUGUACAGGAGGAGGUGGUGGAAGAGAUCCAUCCUUUGACCAGCGAGAUUCACGACAACACGCAGGAGGAGGAGAUCAGUCCACAAGCUCGGGCAGUCUCCCUCAUCGACAGCACUCCUUGUCGGAGUACUCGGAUGAUAGUAUCAAGGCAGAAAACACACCCAUGAACGCAACUUCGGCGCUCUUUGCCAGAGCACUCGUAUCGGAAGUCACGGACAAUCCUAAAACCAUGACACCCGCUGCCAUGGCUGAACGAGAAAAAAAAUUACUCAGAGCACAACAAGCCGCCAAGAGAAAGGGACAAGGAAAAGAUGGACCACGGCCCGUGGGGGCUCCAGGAGGAAUUGGACAACCUAAUCUAUUGGGAAGCAUCGCACACGCCAUUACAGGGGGAGCAUCCGAGGUUCAAGCGCCUCCUACUACACCGUCGGCCACGGUAUUGCCGCCCAACUCACUACAGGAAAACAGAGCGCAGCAGCAACAAAACCAGUACGCACCCAACAGCAAUCAGAGUAGUGCCGCUGGACACACCGGACAUGCGGAUAGUAUUAUAGCAGCAGGCAAGUAUUCCGUGACUAUUGGUUUGAGCUUGAGCCGACGACACUCGACUGUAGGACAUCCCGACACGGUCACUCGUCAAACGGCAUUUGAUUUCAACGAACUGCAAGACCGUCAAUACAAGUAUGUCAGUUCCACGGACAGCAGUGGCUGGAGAGCGGGGGGAGGAGAACGAGGGGGAGAUCAGAGUCAAAUGGCAAGUGCGGCAGAAGACACGGAUGCUCUUGUGGACGAUUUUGGGAGUGCUUCACUGCAUCCUCAUGGAGUCCCAAGAAAGCAUCCCUCACCCACGGCCAACACAAGUGUCUCGUCGCAGUCCCAACAACAACAGUUCCACAAAGUUGCUGCUCCAGAUACCGUCCACAUUCCCAUUAUUCAAAUUGAUGCUGCCUCGCCUCAAGCUGUCGAUGCCAUUAUCAAUGCUCUAGCACGAGGAGAAAUCUUUAUCCCUCACAUGGCAGUCUUGCCAGAGUCACUCAGUGUCAAUGGCAUUUCUCCUCCCGACUUGGUCGUUCGAUUUGGAUGUGAACGCAAUGAUGACGUUCCACCGGAUGAAUGGCCCAACUGGUGCCUCGAGUUUAUGCACAAUCAGCUGUACGAGUAUUUUCAUAACAUGGGAGCAAGGUGGAUGAAACGACCCUUCAGCAUCACUCUUGCCAGAAAAGUACGAUGGAAGACGGUCAAACACAUGAAUCGAUACUUUGCACACGCAGAACGAGUCAUUGAUGCCUGGAGAGAAAAGGGACCGCAAUAUCUCGAUCCACAGCUCUCCUACAUUGAAGGAGGUGCCACGCCCGAAGAAGUGGCUCGUCCGCAUGGUAUCUAUUUAUUGCGAAAUGGAGUCCCCACCAAUUACUUUGCUCCGAACUUUGACCCUCCCUACACGACGAAAAUGACGAGAUCGUUGCUGCUAAAUGUUUUGGGAAAGAGUUGGGACAAGAAGAGACGAGAGUGGACCGCCGAGCCUAUUCCUCGUUUGGUGACCCCUUCCAUGCUCAUGGCCCACAUGUGCGGGUGUGCCGACCCAGGCACAGGAGGGUUUAUGGCAAACGAAGUGACUCAUGUCGGCACAUCGUUGGGGGCAAGCCACAUUUCAGAUCAGCGGCUGGUCACAUUGGAUCAACACCAGCAGCAACAUAGUAUUCAUACGUAUCAUGACGGAACCUCUGCCAUGUCCAUGACAGGACCGAUGCAAGCAACAUCCGCUGCCACAACACCUCGGUCGGCGCAUUCGUCGGUAGCAGAGGAAUACAGUCAAACCAGCAGUCUCUCUCGUGGAAGCAGACGAAGAUCGAAACGGCACAAUCAACACGCUGCACCCCACAUGCACGUCCCAACUGUCCCAUCCGAUGUCUCGAGUCCUCACGCCGGCGUUGUGCCGACUGCAAAUCACCUCAAGUCGCCCCGAUCACAAACGAGCCAGAACCAAAACGAAGAGAAAAAGUUGGACGACGAAGGAAGGCGUCAAGGAGCUCAGGAAGCACCAGGCAAAUACCUGACGUUCCGAGCAGAUGGCCAAUCGAUUCAAGAUCCACCAUCGGUUCGAGGGUCCACAAAGCAACUACAGCAAGUGAAUGGAAACUCUGGACCGAAUGCACUGCAAGGGAAUGUGUUGGCAAGCUCUCAGCGAAUGGCACAUGGUGCCGUGGAGCCAAGACAAACCAUCAAGAGCAAUAGCCGACAGAUUGAGUUGUCGUCAUCCUCAUCGUGGAAGAAGAAGAAAGGAAGGGAUCGACAGGCCCAUGAGGGCGGGCCCGAUCGAUUGCCCAACAAUGAUUCCGGGGUAUCAUUGGAUUAUUCCAUGGAUUCUCAGAACAUGCCAUCAGGAGAAGAACAUCGGUCUUCCUCUGGCUAUGCUGAUGAGAAUGAACCUGCCGUGCGUUCCACGAACGGAUCUCGCAGCUCAAGAAAAACGCCAGAGCAGCGACAGAGACAGCAGCAGCAGCAACCACAACAAGUGGUAACAGUCACUACUGACGAGGACGGUUUGUCCUUACAAGAAUCAGGAAGCAGUGAAGUGAUCCCGACGGAUGAAGAGUUGUUCAUUGUGGGUUGGGCCAAAGCUCUAGAUCCAAACAGCGGCAACUAUUACUACUUCACCCUGGAUCGUACCAAGACGGUAUGGGAGAACCCGCUCAGCGCUGAUACUUUUGUCAGUGGGGAGUCCAGCUAUUUCUCGGGAUCAGGUGCUUCGUCGUUACAUCAAUCGUACCAACGUCAAGCGUCGCGAUGAGAGCGAGGAAAUGUACAGCAGACUGAAUUGUUGUCUAUGUGAGACAUACAUGUACAUGAUUCAUUGCCAAACUAGCGCUCCUCCAAACAGGGAUGGCAGCUGCCCGCCACGUAAACAGAAAUAGUUCAAUUAUUUUCAUACAGUU